CAAUCCAAGUGUGCCUGCCUCUCUGACAUCGAAUCCCAAAUAAACCAUUCUUGUCCUUCUCCUCUCUUAAUGAAAUGAUGGACAGCCGCAUCUGAAACCCGCCUCGCCCUCUGAAUCCGCCUCGCCCUCUCCUCUCCUCUCCUCUCCUCUUUGUGAAGAGAGAACAGUCAUUCUCGUAACUCUUUUUGCAGCUUGUGAAAAGAGAAAAUUCAUUCUCAUUACCCUUUUCCAGCUUGUGAAGAGAGAUCAUUCAUUCUCAUUACCCUUUCCCGGCUUGUGAAUAGAGGAGAGAGAGAACACGGACCGAGUGGAAAGCGUGUCCGUAGAGAGAGAAAGAGAGGGGAAGGCCCACCAUCGAGAAAGAGAAAGAGGGAGAGACCCGCCACCGCUGCCGAGACCGAAGAAAGGCGGUGUCAACUCUAAUCCUCCCUUCCUGCCAAUUUCCGCCCCGCAUCAUUUCCAGUCAUCAACUUCCCUCUCUCUCUCUCUCUCUCUCUCUCUCUGUAACUCCUGAAGAAUAUCGUGCUCGGCCUCUCUCUCUCUCUGUAACUCCUGAAGGAUAUCGUGCUCGGCCUCUCUGAAAGAUUGAGAUUGAGUACAACCCAUGGAGCUCUUUAACAAAGCAAGGAUCAUUCGGCUCCGGAGCCACCACAACAAGUACCUCUUUGCAGAAGAGGAUGAGGAGUCUGUUCGUCAAGAUCGCAAUGGCACUUCCCGCAAUGCUAAGUGGACUGUCGAAUUCAUCUUCAGCGCCGUUCAGGCCGUCCGCCUGAAGAGCUGCUAUGGCCGCUACCUCACUGCCUCGAACGUACCCUUCCUCUUUGGUGUGACAGGACGCAAAGUCUUGCAAACCAUCCCCACGAAACUGGACUCCUCAGUUGAAUGGGAGGCCAUUAGAGAUGGGUUUCAAAUUAAGCUCAAGACUCGAUACGCCAACUUCUUGCGUGCAAAUGGAGGCCCUCCGCCCUGGAGGAACUCUGUGACGCAUGAUAUACCCCAUAGGACUGCAACCCAAGAUUGGAUCCUGUGGGAUGUUGAUAUUGUGGAUGUACAGCCGGAUUCGCCCCCUCGACCGCCCCUUGAAGCUGAAUCCUCAAGCCCGUCGUCCAAAGAGUCAGUUGCAAAUCAUGAUUUUGAUGGCCAUGACGAUGAAACUCCGAGCAGUUUAGCUAGGUUGGAGUCAAUGCCUUCUUUAACCAGCUCACUACCUAGGACUGAUGGACGGCUUAUUUACUUUGCUGUUGGUGACAAUGAUGGAAAUGUCAAUGAUGGCUUGGAGUGGCCUUCCUUUACUUUUAAAGGGACAGAUCUGCACGAAUUGACCCAUAAACUGGAGGAGGAAACCGGGCUUAGUGAAAUUAUUGUGUGUUCCCAUAAUCCACUUAAUGGGCGGCUUUAUCCCCUGCGAUUACAACUUCCCCCCAACAAUACAACUAUGCACGUCGUUAUAGUUCCCGCAUCAUCAAAGUUGGCAAAGUCUUUUGGAUGAUCUCAAUCAGUGGACAGCUCGUUUGGCUUGGAAAACACCAACACAACCAACCCAGCCCUUUUCCCCUCCCCCACAGUUUGUAUAUAAAUUUUAGAUAUCAGGUAAUUGCCAUUUUGUACUUGGUCAUCAGGCAUUAGUUAGUUUAUUGUUUUCUCAAUGGCAUAUCAUAUUCAUAAUCCACUUUGGAUGUUUUGUUACUUCAUCAUGUGUAUGAUAUUACUCAAUCCUCCAUUCAGAAUAUAUGUUGAUCUGAUUUGAUGAUACCAGAAUUGAAUUCGUCUAAUGGAAUGUAUACAUUUUGGAGAAGA